AGGGAUCAGUUGGUAACUGUACGAAUCAGAAAUUAGACCAAAUAAACCGAACGACACUAGCAACGCUUCCCCCAGUGUCCGACGAUGAUGCAUUUUCCAUUUCCUACUCGGCAUCGUGACUUGACACGUUGCCGAAGACGGAUGCUUGAAAAUAAAGAAUGAUUUCCAUAAAAAAUACUACUACUAAUUUACCAUCGUGCAACCCGCGUGCGUUUUUGCACCACCUGCCUUCAUCGAUGGAUGAUGGUGUUGAUGUUGAUGUUAUAACUGUUGUAAUUCCCAUUGAAUAAGACACCUUGAAAAGCGCUGAGAGACUCCUUUUCGUACCGAUGAAGUAGAUUCAACACGAAUGGAACAGAACAGAACAGAACAGAAGUACACGCAAACGCAACGCAUGACGCUAGUUCGUUUCGGUGUAGUGUGCUCUGUGUGUUUCUCUCUGUCUCUCGAACACAUCUUUUGCACAGGAACAUUGUCCUCGCGCCCUUAAAUAAAAUCAUCUUGAAAGGAGUCAUCGGACGCCGACGAGUCAUCGUCGGAAGACGAAUCAUCGUUGUGGCGGCGGUGGCGGGCCGUGGAACCUUUCUUUUUGUACAUGUUCUUCAGUGAGUCGCUGUAGGUGUUUCUUUUUCGUGACUGCAUUUCGAUGCGUGGAUUCGAUCCCAUACCGCUGUAGCCGCGUUUGUUCCCCAUCGAUGGAGCUCGACAACACAUGCGUUUCACACAGACACAAAAGCAACAAAGAAUGCUGAGAGCCACCAAACCUGCGACUGCGAGGCCUGAGACUCCGAGGUCGACGGGGAAGUAUUUGUUCUCUUCCGCCUGCUCCAUGGGGGAGUCACUGUUCUCUUCCGCUUGUGCCAUGUUUUCUGCUGGCGCAUCCUUGGAAUGAUCGAGGUGCUUUCCGGACAGGAUGUCUUCGAUGGAAUGUUCUGGCGACCUUGCAAAGUCCCCGUAGGGGGUGCAAUCGACCUGGCUCAGCAGGGCGUCGUAGACCAGGCGUGUUCCUUUUUUGAUUAACUUGAGAGACUUGUAGAUAUUUUCGAGCUUCUUGUCGCUAUGGUUGCAAUCUUCCCAGAUGGUUUGUCCGUGGAAUAUCUGGAAGCGAUCUUUGUAUUUCUUGUCGUUCGUCAACUCUUUCUGGAAGGCGCAGUCCCGGUACCGAAAGAUUUUCUCCGAGUUGGUGAUCUCUUCCAAUUCCAGGGCGUUGUAAUCUCUCACGAUGGCGUUGUUCCGAAUGGACUCGUCCGCGUGGUUCAAGACCCAACGGUUGUCAUCGUCGCAUUUACCCCCUAGGAUGUCGCAAGCUAUCACAUGGGAAAUGUCGGAUCCGUAGUAGUCCACCCCGCCCAUGUCGAUCAAGUCAACUUUCCACCCGGGGUCCGCAUCUAGAUAGGUCUGGGCGAGAUGCAAGGGGUUCAUGGACGAUGCGAGCUCGGAAAUGCGGGUGGACGACGUCUUGUCCAUGCACAUGUGCUCGUUAUAAGGUGUGUACUUGUCCAUUUCUUCCAGGUCUCUGACGUCCUUAUCGUCCGUGCCCGCCUUGCUGUUGUAGAGGCUCACCCAGUGCUCGAAGCGCGGAACUCGGUAGUUGAUCACCACGGAGACACACUCCGCCGGAGCCCCGACGCCUUUUAUGAGGUCCUUAAAGGCUUGCAUCUGCUGGUCCGAGUUUUCCGACGGGUUGCCCAUCUGGUCGAAUUCUUCCCCCCCGAAAAUAACGGUGUUGACUUCGGGAAUCUCGUAGUCGUGUUUGAUGGCAUCGAUGACUUCCGCUAGGUAAUCUUUUUGCUCGGGUUCCGUCACCACGCGGUUGUAUCGCUUGUAGGGCCGCUCGGGCUCGGUGCUGUUGGUAACUGGCCCGUAGACGAGGGGCCAGCGGACUUUCGCCAGGGGAUGGUAAAUCUUCCCGUGCUUGUGAUCGGGCCGCGCCCCCCGGGCGUACUUGAAUAAAAACUCUGCGACGCUAGUGGUGGCCGUUCUACGGGGUCCGGCCAGCAAGACCAGCUUGGUUCCCUGGCACUCGCCCGCCAACACAGGAGUUGUGGCACCGCUUAUCAGCAGGAGCAGCGCCAAGAAGGAGCAGCCGAAGGGGUUUUUCAUGGUGGUCGAGGAAUGCAAUUCGAUACGAUUCAAGAAUUGAGUUGUUGGUGGAUGGGAUGUAUAUUCCGGGUGUCAGAGACAAAAAGUAUCUG